AGAAGGGAAAGAAGUAAAAAGCUAAUUUUCGGCAAGUGUCGCUCGUUUGUAAAGGAGAGGUCCAUUCAGUAUGCGUGAAAGAGGAGGCAAAGUUGGCUUGUGCAGAUUACAAUGGUUUUUCUCGAUUAUCUUUAUUGCUUUUGUGAUAGCUGUGGCAUGUUUUGUGAACGAGGCGGAAUCAGUGCGCGAGUCGAAAGCUGUGAAAAACUCUAAAUCCAACAAAGAAAAGGGGAAAUGCAGAAUCCUUCAAGAUAAGGAGAAAUAUUACUACGUGCAAUGUGCCAAGCGCAGCGUGAAAUAUCCGGACAGCGCGUGCUCCAGUGAAUGUCGCGGGAGACGUGGGCCGAGAGGCCAGCGAGGACGGACUGGGUCAAAAGGACAGCCAGGCCCUAAAGGACCAAGGGGACCCCCGGGAGCGAAUGGGCGAGAUGGACGGAAUGGGCAACCAGGACCUCAAGGACUUCCUGGACCGCCAUCAGUACAGGGAGCUCCUGGAAGCAAGGGGAUCAUGGGACAGAAGGGAGAACAAGGACUUCGUGGCCCAGCCGGUAUUCCAGGCCCUCCCGGUACACCAGGGGGCUGUGUGAGAUCAGCGUCAUCCAACACCACUACCCCCACAGUAUUUUGCGUACCAGGUAAACAAGGUCUUAAAGGAAAUAAAGGGGACAACGGAAACCGUGGAUUAUCAGGGCCCCCUGGGUCGCGAGGAAACAGAGGCCCACGAGGAUAUAGGGGUAACGGAGGCCCCCCAGGGAAAAAGGGUGACAUUGGGCCCCCAGGCAACUUUUCUGAUCUGGAAUGUUUCCCUCGGUACACCAGCUGGAUAAAUAGAAGUGAGUGGUUCGAUAAAUAUCCGGAGGUCCAUUGUGACAGGAGAGAAUUCUUACAAGGCUACAGUCUAGAAAUAAGUGAUGCUCGCGGGCAGAGAAGAUUCAAAUACACUUGUUGUACACUUAGGCUGACCAAUAGUCCUUGAAAAGCUCAGCAAAUGAACUGAGUGACGACUGAAAUAAACAGCCAACAAACAAUGACUCGACUCUCAACAAACAAUGGACGGAAAUUUUUAUUGAUGACAAAGUUGAAGAUAGUAUCUCUGAAGAAACAUGAGAUGAGACAAAAGGAUUUUUUAUGCAUUGAAAUGAAGAUACAUAUAGUUAACACCUGUGGGAUACCAUUUCUUGACUAUCCGUGCCCACGUAAAAAACUUAUCAACUGUAGUCAAGUUUAAUCAGAAGCCAGAAAUUAUUGCUCCUGACGUACACAAUUACAUUUGAUGUAAUCUUCCUCAGAGAUUAUAGAUAAACAGUCAUACAGAAACCAAAAUGACGUGCAGUCGGCUUUCUAUCAGCAUUGCGCUAAAAGGUCGACGGAAAGAUAUUUGCUUCCAAAUCACGUUAUCUUAGUCUUUAAAAAACAAGAAUAUGUAUCAUCGUGCCAUAUUCACCAUAAUGACGAUUAAUUGUACGUAGUACGCUGUGAAUUAGGAUUUCAGUUUUUUGUUUUAAGGGUGUGGGCUAUCAGCAGGGCACUAAUGCGAGUAUUGAUUUGCUCCAAAAAGCAGUUGAGAUAGAAGACAGUUACAGAUCAUUAGAGUUACUUAAACAUACUCCAAAAUAAAUGUGAGAGUUACGAUGUUAGAGCCUUUGACUCACUGCUCUUUCUAACGCCAUUGUAAAAAUUACCUGAGGAAGGCUAUAGAAGCUUGAGCUGCACGCGCACUUGGCUGUUUGGAUAAAAGUCACCCCUAGUUUCCGAAUUCUGGACCAUCCAUUCUAGUCUCGACGUUUCUAUCGCACAACAGGUUUUUAUCAAGUUUCAAGGCUUUGAGCGUCAGGUGCUGAAAUAUUUGCUUUGAGAAGGGUUUAUAUAAUGUAAAGAAAUAUUGAAUGUCUUUUUCCUCUGUGGUGGCUAUGUUGUAAUCCUUUUAAAAUAACUCAGUUAAUGAUAAAGGGUUUUUCUCAUCCUUCAAUCGUUGACCUUUACACAAUUUUCGCAGCACCUGAUGUUUCCUGAACCCAUAGUUAUCGUAACUUGGUUUGAGAAAUAAAAGUUGCAACUACA